AUGAUAACUGAAUUGGCAAAGAUGUGGAUUUUGUCCUACUUGUGUAUUGAUAUGACACCUACACCGGGCAAGGAUGGUGGCCUUAUCCUGCUUGCUCGUGGUUGCGGUGCAGAUGUGGAGAAUGUGGUAGGGCUCUCUUCCUCGAAAUUUCUUCCACGCAUUCUCUCUGGCUGCAAAAUGAAAAGGCACUGCUUGCUGGGAAAGGUGGUAGGGCACUCUCCCUCGAAACAUUACCCCUUGAGUAUACUUCCAAGAGAAGGUGGUAGGGCACUCUUCCUCGAAAGUUUUCCUCCUGGGGAUGCGCAGACACUCUCCUUUGUUAAAUAUGACACGACCUUCAGGGGAAGGUAUCAUCAAAUCAAAGAGAAGAAGGUAAGUGAGGAAGCUAAUAAGGUGGAUCGAAGGCAUGGGAAGAGGCCUCUUCCUUCUGAUUCUACAUCAGAAGAGAAAAGAAGAGAAGAAGAAGAUGAUUGUUUUCCCAACAACUUUCCUCUUCAGCCACCUUCACAAUCUGAAAUCCAAAAACAAGAAGAGGAAGAACCUUCACCAAAUCUUCAAAUAGUUCAGCUCCAAGACCAAGGCAAGAAGGAUGUGAGGAAACGACAUUAUAGAGGAGUAAGGCAGAGACCAUGGGGAAAAUGGGCAGCCGAAAUCAGAGACCCUAAAAAGGCGGCAAGAGUUUGGUUAGGAACCUUUGACACUGCAGAAGCCGCAGCAGCAGCGUACGAUUCUGCUGCCUUAAAAUUCAAAGGUAACAAAGCCAAACUCAAUUUUCCUGAGCGCGUUGCUGCUUCCAAUUCGGCUUCAACAACUUAUCAUCACUCUUCACAACCACCACCUACUAUGGUGUAUCGACCUUCUUCACAACCUUAUACUCCAUUAAUGCCGCCGCCGCCGCCGUCCUCCUCCGCAUCGGAGGAAGGAGGAUUUCCAAACCUAAUGCAAUAUGCGCAGUUGCUUUGGAGUAGAGACGAUGAUGAUCUACAACGUGCAGCUUCAGGGCUUUAUCAUCAGAAUAAUAAUAAUAAUAAUAAUUACAGUAACAAUUUUUCUUCAUAUGGUUCUGUAAUGAAUUCAUCAUCAGGGUUGUCUUCUUCUUCUUCUACUACUUCAGAUUCUGCGGUUGUGAUGACUGGUCAACCCCAUAGCAUGAUGGGUGCACCACCACGACCACCCAAGGGAGAUUAUGAUUAUUAUUUUGGUCAAGGGACUGGUUUUGAUGGCAGGAAUUGAUGGUAAUCAUGAUGAUGAUCAUGAUCACAUGAAUCCUGAGGUGAUGAUAUAUGUAUGUAAUUUUUUUUUUCUGUUCAUCUGACCAACACAGAUUCUUGAAUGCUCUUAGAGCAAGACAAAAGUUUUUCUUUUUUUUUUGUUGUUAUUCUAUAAUAAUUUUUAAGAAAUAAAUUCAGUUUAUUCUUUCA